AUGGCCUCCUUCGUCGCCCGCCGCGCCUUCUCUACCUCCAUCCGCCGCUUCGCCGACGAGCAGGCCAAGCAGACCCUCACCCAGGAGUCCAAGCGCAACCCCGAGACCCUCAUCCUCGGUGGUGUCAUGGUUGCUGCCCUCGGCGGUGCCGGCCUCUACUUCGGCCGCUCCCCCACCUCCUCUACCUCCGAGAGCCCCGUCCUGAAGGCCGGUAUGCCCUGGGAGACCGACAGCGAGGGCAAGUACAAGUACCACCCCGGUGGCAACCCCGCAAACGAGCCCAGAGACGCUCCCAGCGCCGUCAACACUGUCAUCAUUCCCGAUGUCACUCUCCCCAAGGAAUUGCACGAAAAGUACAACAAGUGGGGCAAGGACGGCUACCCUUAA